AUGGCGAUUGAUUCUGUUCAUCGUCCUAAAGACGAAAAGAAAGAGGAGCAGAAGCAACUAAUUUUCGAUGCCUCGGUGUCCAGGCUCGUCGGCGAGGCGUGUCGGCAGCACGGUUUCUUCCUAGUGGUUAAUCACGGUGUCGACUCGACACUCGUGGCUGAUGCUCAUAGUCACAUGGAUAACUUCUUUGAAUUGCCGCUCGCUGAUAAGCAAAGGGCUCAGAGGAAACUCGGAGAGCACAGCGGAUAUGCUAGUAGCUUCACCGGUAGAUUCUCCUCGAAGCUGCCAUGGAAGGAAACACUCUCGUUCCGGUACUCGGCCGAGAAAAACUCCUCCAACAUCGUUCAUGACUACCUCGUAGACAAAUUGGGAGACCUAUUCGAGCAUUUCGGGAGAGUUUACCAAGAUUACUGCGAGGCAAUGAGCAAGCUUUCACUAGGGAUAAUGGAGCUUUUAGCCAUUAGUCUUGGCGUAAAAAGAUCGAAUUUCAGGGAAUUUUUUGAGGAAAACGAGUCUAUAAUGAGGCUGAACUACUACCCACCAUGCCAAAAACCAGACCUCACUUUAGGAACAGGGCCUCAUUGCGAUCCAACGUCUUUAACCAUCCUUCACCAGGACCGAGUUGGUGGCCUUCAAGUGUUUGUAGACCAGUGGCGUUUAAUUACCCCUAAUCCCGACGCAUUCGUCGUCAACAUCGGCGACACUUUCAUGGCACUUUCUAACGGAAGAUACAAGAGCUGCUUGCACCGAGCGGUGGUGAACCGUCACACGAAAAGGAAAUCACUGGCUUUCUUCCUAUGUCCAAAGGGAGAUAAAGUGGUAACCCCACCAACAGAGUUGGUGGACGCCGCUAAUCCAAGAGUUUACCCAGAUUUCACUUGGCCUAUGCUGCUUGAAUUCACACAAAAGCAUUACAGAGCCGAUAUGAACACACUCGAAGUAUUCUCCAACUGGGUUCAUCACAGAAACAGCUGAACUCGUUAAAGUUUUCUUUACAGAACAGACCAUGUCUGCCAAAGAAAACGACAUUGAUGUACCGGUGAGACUUGAGAGAAAAAAAUUGAGAUUGUUUUUCCUGCUACGAGUUAAAAGGAAGACCAAAAAGGAAAA